AUAUCGUUAUUCAAAAUGUCAGGAUUUUCUCUUCUUCUAAUAGUUUUAAGUAUUACAAAUGGAUUUGAAUCUGAUACUUGGAGGGAAGAAAUAGCGAAACGUUUAAAGUUUGUAGAAGAAUCCAACUAUCUCCUGCGAAAAGAAAACGAACACUUGAAAUCGAUCGUCCUCGAUGUCCAACGAGAAAACAGCCAACUUAAAGAAGAGCUUGUUUCUGUGAAAGACAUGGUCACGGCAUUACGUACUGAGGAUCUAAAUGUCCACCGAAAAGAUAUUAGACCUCUCCCAGGAAGAUCUGAGAUCUUCGAAACAUCACUGAAUGAUACUAGAAAAUCAGUUAAUAACAAAUUGGUUUCAAGAAUAAUUCCCCCUGAAACACAUCCUGUAUCUAUCGUGGCUUUCUACGCCUACCUAUCCACAAACUCAGCUCCAAAUCUCUCUGUCCACCAUCUCAUAGUCUAUGACGUCGUUCACAUCAACAGAGGAAAUGGUUAUAACAAAGGAGAUGGGAUUUUCAUCGCACCUGUUACUGGAGUUUAUGCCCUUCACUUUUCUGUGUGUAUAGCCAAAAACAGGGGAUUCUCGUGGGUACCUCUUCAACUUACUUUGAAUAGUAAUGUACUGGGGGCAACGUUCGAAGAAGGUCUAGACUCGAACGUUGGAAACCAUUGUAGCAGUGGGCUAGCGAUAUCUGACGUUAAUGCUGGCGACCAUGUUUUCAUCAGAACUCAACAAGCGACUAGUGGGAUAAUUCAUAGUAGCUCGGUUGGAAGAACCACUUUUUCUGGUUGGCUUCUUUACAGAUAA